CUGGUCGUGAUUGCUUGUGAACUGUACAGUUGUACAAUUGAUACCGCAAUACUUCAAUAACAAAGGCCAAGAAAAGCCAAUAGCGUCGAAAGCUCUAAAUUAACCCUGCGUCUGCUAAAUUUCCUUAGAAUAUUUAAAUAGACAUGACUGCACUCAACAAGAAAGGGAAGGACCAAGUAAUUUUUGUUACCAAGGAGGAACAUGAGAUUCCUAGCACCAUAAAGCUCAUUAAAGAUGAUGCAAAUGAGGACCAUGAAGAAAAAGGUCUUAUCUUGUCGAGUGGUGAGAUAAAUUGGGACUGUCCCUGUUUAGGGGGGAUGGCAAGUGGACCGUGUGGAGAGCGCUUUAAAGCUGCAAUUACCUGCUUCCAUUUCAGUCAAGAAGAAGUGAAGGGCUCAGACUGCCUGGAACAGUUUAUGAGCAUGCAGGAGUGUCUCCGUCAACACCCUGAACUUUACCCAGAUGAGAAGGAGCCUGAUCCUCAUACUGCAAACCCUGAGCCAAACUCACAGCUGAAAGACUCUGCCUCCAUAUCUGACUUCACUCUGACUUCACUCCAACCAAAGACUCUGACCCAAUGCCAACUGAGUCUAAUGAGAUGCCUCCACAUUUGCCCAUAGCUAGUUAAAAUCAGAGAUUCCACAUUAUAAUUUUUUUAUGACAAUCUAUUUAUAUGAAAAUAAAAAUAUUGAGACUUUUUUUCUUUAACAAAAUCUUUUAUGAGACAAAUGUAAUGUCUUAAUAUUUAACACAAUAAA